GAAUGAGCCACACAGAUUUGAACACCUUCUCUUUAUGAAAUUCCUUUAAUCAAGUUUCAACCUUCAAAAACGGUUUAAAUCUCUCUUCUAUACAUUAAUAUUUCAUAAAUAGUGUUCAAUCCGUGAACCUAUCAUAUAUGAACUGCUUCUGAAAUAAUACGGUUGCUUUUUUUUUCUUGAUCUUAAUUUAUACCUUGAUAUUUCUCUUUCUGCACCGGAAGAUUAAUCGACAGUUAAGGCGUUUUACUGAAUUAUUCAUUCGUGAACAAGAAUUGCAAGGCGACACUUGGAUUACUAUUCUUUGUUCUCUUUAUUUUUCUCAUCAAUAAACAUCGCUACUGGAAACAGUGUGAAUUGACAGCUUUUAGAGUAUCAUUUAAUAGGUCCUUAAAACCGUGAUUUUACUGGCUUCUGCUAACAGGAAGGAAAAAAAAAACAACUUGAUUUAUUUACAAAAGUUUUGAAAUUCGUUUAUUGGCUUUUCGUUUUCCCUUGUUUAUUUACACAGCUAAGACGAACUAACAUUAAGUCUCUACAAAUAAAAAUUAAUACUUUCCAAAGGGAUUUCUUACUUUCCUUAUUUUAUUACAAACUCAGAAAUUCACAACUAAUUUAAUUACGAAUUGCUUGGGGCAGCCGUUAGCUUCAAACAAGCGAGACUAUGACGGACGAUACGGAUCGGCCUAUAAGUACGUAUGAAAUGAAUCCAGCAGACUUUCAGAAAUUCCUUUUUAAACGCGAUGACUCAUACUAUAUGAAUAUUGAAAAAGAAGUUACAUAUUCCAAGCGAGAUAUGCCUCCUUCCUCUUCGUCGUCUUCAGGACGGAGCACUCCGAAACCUCUUGAGAAAGAUAUUCCAAUACCAAAUGGUAACAUUUUUGCUAGGAUAUUACGUGGAUUCUCUUUUUAUGUAGCGUUAAUCUCAGUUGCGCUUUUAUGUUUGAUCUUACAUUCAUUCAUUAGUCGUCCUCAAGACAAGAGUUGUGAAACUGCUACUGUAUGGCCUUCCUAUGCAAGGUUUCUAGACUUUGACAAUCGAUAUACUCGUUUUGCAGACAGGUAUACUCUUUACCUUUACCGUGAAAGAAGCGUUUAUGGAAACGAUAAACCGACCGGUGUACCCGUUCUUUUCAUUCCAGGAAAUGCCGGAAGUUACAAACAGGUACGCGCCUUUGCCGCUCAAGCAGCGAAUGUAUUUGCUGAUGCAGUCGCAGAAGAUCCCGAGGGCACGCUAAACUCCGGAAAAAGGGAGCUUGAUUUCUUUGCUGUUGAUUUUAACGAAGACUUCUCUGCAUUUCACGGACAAACUCUUCUGAAUCAAGCAGAGUAUGUCAAUGAUGCCAUAACAUACAUCCUUUCCUUGUAUCAGAGUACUCGAAAAACUUCCGAUUAUCCAAACGACGAAUCCUUACCGCUUCCUACUUCUGUAAUGAUUUUGGGUCACUCCAUGGGAGGAAUCAUUGGUCAAGCUGCAUUUUCUCUAAAAAACUAUGCGGAGGGCUCGAUAAAUACUUUAAUUACCUUAGCUGCACCUCAUGCUAUGGCGCCUCUUCCUUUUGAUCGCCAAAUGGUCGAAUUCUAUGAGGCCAUUAAAGCAUACUGGUUAAAUUCGUUUUUACUUCCUGCUGAAGAAAAUUCUUUGCGCGACACUCUUCUAGUAUCCGUUGCUGGAGGAGGUUUAGACACGAAUAUUGUUCCUGAAUAUUCAGCAGUAACUGCAUUUGCUCCUCCGUCGAAUACCCUCAGUGUUUUUACUUCGGGCAUUCCAUUCGUUUGGGCUGAAAUUGAUCACCAGGCUAUGGCUUGGUGUGAAAGUUUUCGAAGGGUCUUAAUUCGUGGUUUGUUUGCGAUUGUGGAUGCUAGACAACCUACAGGAACAGUAUCACUUGCUGAAAGGAAAGAGCUGUUGUCACAUACCUAUAUUCAAGGUUCUUCUUUGGACAACGAUUUGACUCAAAUAUCUGAUCCUGUAAGCUCGCAUAACAAACUUGAAUGUGGUAAUACCGUUGUGUACAAUAAUGAGCCCGGUAAACCAUUUAUGUUAGAUCAAUUUGGGACAAGCACAAUACGUCAGCAUGUAUAUCCUAUUCCAACUGUCCCAGAUAAUAUCGAGUAUUUUGAGCUUUUAACUAGUUAUCCUAUAGAUACUGUAAACUCUAAAGUUAAAGUCUUGGCUUGUCGUCUUGAUCCGAAAACUGGUACAUCAUUGCCGGAAUUGAACAAGUCAGAAUCUGGAGAACCCUUGCCCAUUGUUUGCGAAUUAUUAAGAGAUGCGAUUACACUUAUUCCUGCAUCCAGAAUUGACACCGAUACUCCUUACAGCGGUAAGGUAUUUUAUACUUUUAAACUUUCAAAGGAGCAACUUAAUGAAUAUCACUUAAUUUUGGUCACUGAUGAUUUGAUGGAGCCAAAUGAUCACUUUUUAGUUGGUGGAUUUGCCAAUAAAUCCUCCGAUCCUUUAGUGAUAAAGAAGUCUCAAAGUCAACUGUUUAAGCGUGGAAUCGACUUUUCGUUUGAUACAUCUAACUCAUUGUCCAAUAAAUUUCAGUUUCUGGGUAUACAAAGUUCUUUAUUAGCUUACAAAAUUAAGCUUAGUUAUGAGCUUCAUGAUGGGAAAGAAUUACAGACAACUUUCACCCCUAUGUUGAAACAAAGUUUAGAAUCUCCUUAUGAAACGAAAUUCUACGUGAAUGUAACAGAAACGGACAUUUCUCUACAUGGAAUUUCUCCAUUUAUGGAAUACUUUGGCAAGGAAUCUGAAAAGUCGCUUGUUAUGGAAUUCAUUGCAAAUCCUUUUGUCUACAAAAAACUUCAUGUAACUCUACUUCCGGACUAUUAUGGUAGUGCAGGUCGUUUAUUGAUGCGUUAUCGUACUUUGCUGGGCUCGUUUCCGGUUGUAAUUGUUGCUUUUGCUGCAUACUGCCAGUUCCGCUAUUUCCACUACGGCUCAACAUUUCUGAACAUGAACACGGCACUAGAAAUCAUUGUUCGUAGAGGUUUGGUAAAGCUACUCGUUUUUGUUUCCAUUCUCUCCAUAGUCACCUCCUACUCAACGAGUCGUGUAUCUACGGCUUUACCAGAUGGUGCUGACCCGGAUAGCUCAUGGCGGGAUUCCGCUGCAAUGGUAUUGAAUUCAUUUUGGAAACAAAAUCACUUGUUAUUUGGUUUGCAAUCACCUCAAUUUUGGGUUUUAGCACCUAUUCUAACGUUUAUGUUCGUUGGGUUAGUCGUUACCUGUACAUUCAUUUUUUCGGUUUUUAUCCAUAUUCUUUCUUACUUCUACGGCUUUUAUUUAAAACUUCGAAAGUCUUCCAUAAAAGGAAUAGCACAAGCUUUUUUUAUGUACAUGAAACUAAUAUAUGUCUUUCUGAAAAAGAGAGAUAAUUCUGUGUUGAAAAGUGCUGAUCUUAGUAAAUUUGACACUUCAGAGGCAGUCUUGAAUGCUAUAUAUGCUAAUCCGUCCCUAGCAUAUACUUACGGAAGAAAGGAUUUUCAGACACGGCUCAUUUCAAAUACCAUUCUAUUAUUUAUAGUUAUGACCGUUGUGCCGUUCCAGAUUGCAUAUGUUAUUCUGCUUGCUACGCAGUCUGUGACUACUGCUAAAAGCUUGUUUUUGGCAAGAGCAUGUACAAGGUCAAGUCAUCAUCAGGAAAAGCUUUGGAGUUUCUUCAACUUUUCGCUAAUGGUAACUUUUUUGAUGUUGCUUUUAGCUCCUAUAGAUUUUCCCGUGCUUUUAGUAUGGGCACGAAACAUUUCCACGCAUUGGUAUAUUCCGUUCCCUACGCAUCACAAUUUUUUCUCUAUUAUACCUUUUAUGAUAAUGACAGAAAUCCUUCGAAAAGGUAAACUACCUCCUCGCUUGAGCGAUGCAGAGUUUUAUUCAAAUAACCUUCUCCUCUUCUUUCUUGCGUUUUAUUCUUUAAUUUAUGGUGCUGAAAAGCCAUACUUAAUUCAUAACGUGGUGGGAGCAUAUUUCUUUUGGCUCAUUUUCUUAUAUGCCAAAAAUCAGUUUGUCAAGCAAUCAAACCGAUCAUGAAUACUCAUUGGAUUUCGAUGGCGUUGCAUUUGUAAAGUUUUUUUUUAACUUACUAUGCUACACAUGUUCUACUCUUUCCUUUUCUUUUUUCUUACUUAUUACCUUUUUAAUAAUUGUCUGAAGACCAUAUUAAUUUUACUUUGUAAUCCUAUAUUUCUGGAGAUCGGCAUUUUGUCUAGGAACAAGUAUAUUAAUUUUACUUGAAGCUUAUUAGAGAUGCAAAUAGUAAAUAAGACCGGGUGACUAUUAGUAUUAAUUCAUAUAUAUAUCAAGCAAAUUGAGAAAUUUGCUUGUUUUUGUAGAAAAGUCCAACUGGUGUUGGACAAUGUUCGAAAGGAGCUGAGCUACAAAGUACCGUAGAUAUAAUUUUAUCAGAAAACAAGGAAGCUUUCUCAGAUGUGUCGAGGAACAUAUUGGAGUUAUGCAAUUGACGAACUGAUAUAUCAUUAAAUAUAAUAGAGGCAGCUGAAUUCCAUGCAAAUUGAAACAUAUAACUGCUUCGAUGAUUAACAAAUAUUCGACAAACAGCUAAAGGGCGUUCGCUAACUUGAACAGCCUUCAAGGAAGCUGAAGUAAAGUUGCUUAAACAAGCCAAAAUUCCUAAAGUGUCAGACGGGCACCAGGAAAGAGAACCUUCCAGUUCUCGUACAUAUCUUGGGCCUAUGGCCCCUUUAUUUGACUUGCAUGAAACAGCUACUUUAGCUUUUGUAAUGCCAUCCAAGGGAAAUUUACCUAAAAGAUCUAUACCCCUGUCAUCUUUGCCUCCACAUCGUUUCAAAGCAAAGCAGUGUUUCUCUAGUAUGUCUUUCACAAGAUAUUCGAAUAAAGUUCCCUGAACUAGUGUUGUCUUCAAUGAACAUUCUUUCCACUUGAGAUACUGCAAAUACGAUCGUAGAGAGCUAUGAUCAGAAUAAAGCAUUCGACAUCGUAAAUUGACAAUCGAGAGUCUUCUUGCUAAAUUCCACGCUUGAAGUUUCGAUUUUCCAGUGUUCAUGAAUCAAACUUUUGUCAUAAAAAUAAG